UGCUGCAUUUCACUGCUGUGCGGGACAGGGGAGCGUUUGCUUUCGACUCCGCUUCAAAGCCAUGGAUCUUACAAACGAUAAACUACCUUCCAUCCGAAAGUGUCUUUUGGUAACUUUACUGCUCGUUUGUUCAUUUCAACUGUCCCGAUCAAAGCGAAUAUUCAAAUGUCCUUCAGGAUGCACUUGUACGACAGAUUCAAUCAUUUGCGUCGGUUCGUCUCUCAUCCCACGGACUAUACCGAGUGACAUCAACUCUCUGAGUAUUGUCAAUUGCAGUUUCCCAGAAAUCAAGGAGGCUAUGUUCUCGCUCAUGCCCUCACUGCAGUUACUUCUCCUUAGUUCUAAUUCAUUUUCUGAAAUCAAGGAGGAUGCAUUCUCAGGGCUUCCUCAUCUUGAGUAUUUAUUUAUUGAAGGUAACAAGAUUGGAGAGAUAAACAAAUAUGCCUUCAGAGGACUUCGGGAUGUUACACAUCUAUCAUUAGCGAACAACAAUUUAAAAACACUACCCAGGGGUCUUUUUUCUGAUCUACGCUCUUUGAUUGAAUUAGAUCUGCGUGGGAACAUGUUCCAUUGCGACUGUGAGUCCAUGUGGCUGAUGCUGUGGUUGAAACGAUCCAAUGCCACGAUCUCUGAUGUUUACUGUGCCAGUCCAUCUGGCAUGAAGGGCGUCCUAUUAAAGGAUGUCCCAGAAAAACACAGCAAGUGUGUCUCCACGGAUUUUGUUCAGUACCAAAUAGUGAAUACUCAAUCAAUGUCAGCAGAUAUCUUCUCUCACAAAGAUGAUAUAUAUGUCGCUAUGGCAGUUCCAAAUUCAGACAGCUGCAUAAUCAUGGAAUGGGAUCACAUUGAGACUAAAUUCAGGCCUUUUGAUAACAUCACAGGUCGGUCUGUUGUUGGAUGCCGGUCUGUUCUGAUCAACGAGCAGGCAUUUGUCAUUGUCUCCCAACUCUUCGAUGGCUCCCUCGUCUACAAAUAUGACCAAGCACAGAAUAAGUUCACCACAUUUCAAGCAGUUGAAAUGCUUAAUGUGUCCAAGCCGAAUGACAUUGAAGUCUUCCAGAUCGGAGAUGACUGGUUCUUCCUAAUUGUGGACAGUUCCAAAGCUGGAAUGACAACUCUGUUUAAGUGGAAUGAAACUGGUUUCUACCCAUACCAGUUCCUUCAUGAAUGGUUUCGUGACACCGAUGCAGAGUUUUUUGAUUUAGAUGGCAAAUCUGUCCUCAUACUCGUGAGCCGUUCCCAGGUUCCUGUUAUCUACCAAUGGAACAAGAGCACCCAGAAGUUUGUUCUCCAUGAUGAGAUAGCAAAUAUGGACGACAUUGUCAGCGUGAAGGCCUUUAGGAUUAAUGAUGUUCCCUACCUUGCGCUCGCCUGCUACAUCGGUGACUCAAAAGUCAUGAGGUGGACGGGCAAACACUUUGAAGAAGUACAGGGCUUGCCUUCACGUGGCGCCACAGUAUUACAGCCCAUCAAGUUCAAAGACCAGCACUAUUUGAUUCUGAGCAGUGAUUAUUCUUUCUCCCAGAUCUUCAGGUGGGAUGAGGAAAACCAGAAAUUUAUCAAGUUCAGGGAUGUGUAUGUUCAGUGGCCACGCUCAUUCACAGCACUGUCCACAGACCAGCGUGAUUUUGUGCUGGCCACCAGCUUCAAAGGCAAAACCAAGGUUUUUGAACAUAUUUCAGUGGAUUAUAGCAAAUGAGGCAUAUGCUGUUAUUCG